CGGACAAAUAUAAGUGCACAGACAAUCCACUUUUCCGAGAAACCCAAUUCCUCAAAACCCAGAUCCUUACCCCCCAAAAUGUCGAAGCAAUUCAACGUCCCGCCCGUUAUUUUCCCUUCCGGUGGAGACCCACCUGAAGGCCCCACAUCCGCAGCCCUACGGCGGCCAACGCCGCCGUUUCAGCCACGCCCAUCCGCCACGAACCCCAUCCCUUUUCUGUCCUUCGACGUGGGCUCCGCCGCUCAAUCUACCUCCUUCGCCGCCCCUCAUCUCGGCCCAACAAUUACCACCGCAAGCUCAAACUUCGACGAAGAACCGCCUCUUCUCGAAGAGCUCGGCAUCAACACAAAGCAAAUCUGGAGCAAAACGAUUUCGAUACUCAACCCGUUUCGCCCAAACCCGAAUCUCCACUCCGAGGCGGACCUCUCGGGUCCGUUCCUGUUCUUUUUAGCUUUCGGGCUUUUCCAACUGCUCGCCGGGAAGAUCCAUUUCGGGAUAAUCCUCGGGUGGGCCACCAUCUCUGCUGUUUUUUUGUACAUAGUGUUCAACAUGCUGGCCGGGCGGAACGGGAGCUUGGAUUUAUACAGGUGCUUGAGUCUGGUCGGUUACUCUAUGCUGCCGAUGGUGAUUCUAUCGGCGCUCGCGCUGUUCGUGCCGCAAGGCGGGCCGGUCAUUCUUGUUACGGCGGCAGCUUUCAUUGCGUGGUCGACGCGGGUUUGUGCAAGGCUUUUGUUGGAGGCAGCGAGGUGGGAUGAGCACCCGGGUUUGGUUGCCUAUGCUUGUUUCUUGAUUCACAUGUUGUUUUCGCUCUUGGUGAUAUUUUAAGUUGGAUUGGGGUUGGAAAUUGUUUUCUGGUUUGUGCUUGCCAAUUUGGAAUUUCUUUCUAUUGUAGUUUGAAUCCUAGAUUGUUCAAUAUUAUUAUAAAUCCGAUGCAAAAGGAAAAUUCUUUGUC